CAUAUGCUAAAAUAACAAACUUUUUAUAUUUUUAUACUACGUCGGUGGCAAACAAGCAUACGGCCCGCCUGAUGGUAAGCAGUCUCCGUAGCCUAUGUACGCCUGCAACUCCAGAGGAGUUACAUGCGCGUUGCUGAACGGCGUUCUGUCCUCCACUUUAUAUCUCCAUGAGACGCGACUUUAAGUGAGAGGGAGAAAGAGAUAUGCUGACCGGACCAAACCUUCGGUCCGGUACGCCCGUGUGUUAGAACUGUUUUCUGCUUCACGAUCUGGGUGGCGUCACAUCUGUCAAUGUCAUAUAUGUAUGUAUACAUGUCUGCAUUUCAUUAUAUUCUUCAUAUUCAUUUGAGUUGUUUAUUGUUAUUUUUUUUGUAUAAUUUCGUAUGGGUCAAGUAGUUUCUUAAUAACGUCAAAUUCUAUUAUUCGUAAAAUACACGAGUUAUAUUAUCGAACUAGAGCAGCCGCUCCGUAAGCAAAGCAUUGGUUAGAAAUUGAUAAAGUUACCUAUUAGUUCGCGAUACAGUGCCCGAUAGGAUUUAGUACUGAGGAUAGAUUAAAAAAUAAAUACUGUAUUCGAUAUAAACAUCAAAUCUUGGCGUAACCGUUUGCGUCCGUAGUGGUUUCACUGUAAUGGAGACAGGCGGCCGCAGCUUGUCGCCGAAAGUAAAAGAGGAGCCAGAAUGGCACAGCGCGGAAGACGAGGUGCCUCCGAGUGUAAUAUUGUUACCAGAACAUAUGCGAGUAAAGGUGGAGGUAGAGUUUGACGAGCCCUCGCCGGGCUCGAGCAACGACGUGUUACAGCGCCUACCGCCGCUUGUUGCUUCAACUAACAAGUUAACAACGCUAAAUCCGGCGCACCAACGCGCCUGUCUCACCUCCAUACCCUGUCCUCCUCUCGUACCGCUCAGCAAACCCCGCUCUACUCCGCUACCACAAGCGAGGCACACCGGAGCAACUCAAAAACAACAGACAAGCUACAACACCGAUACAAAAACUUACGUCUGUGACGCUUGCGGGAAAACAUAUCAACAGAAAUACCUACUAAUCCGACAUCUUCAACUGCACCUAAAGUCUAAGAUAGAUAUAAAAAUAAAUAGAAAGAAAUACGAUUGUGGUACAUGUGGACUACAAUUCUUAAACGAAUCCGAACUUCAGAAGCAUAAGCUAAGUGAGGGUCACACUGGACUUAGGAAAUACCCGUGCGACGAAUGCGAAAAAGAAUUUUCAUGCACAAACUCCUUAAACUUACAUAAAAUGAUCCACAGUGGAGAGAGACCAUUCCCCUGCGAAAUGUGCAAAAAGCGGUUCAGACAACAGAAUGAAUUGGGCAAACAUAUUAUGAGAAUACAUACUAAUGAACGGCCGUAUAAGUGUGAAGCGUGUGGAAAGCUAUUUAAAACUGUAGCUGAUUUACGACUACAUAUAAGGUUACACACUGGUGAAAAACCGUUUAAAUGCGAUAUGUGUCAAAAAAGCUUUUAUGAUUCAGACUCUAUGACUAAACAUAGACGGGUCCACACUGGCGACAAGCCAUACAAGUGUAAAACUUGUGAAAUGCAGUUCAUGCAUAGAAGUGGUUUAAUCACACACAUACGAGUCCACACCGGUGAAAAACCAUACUCAUGCGAAAUAUGUGGGAGAAAGUUUUCGCAAAGAAACAUAUUGGUGAAUCAUAGAAGAACCCAUACUGGUGAAAAAUUUUCAUGUGAUGUAUGUAAUAAACAGUUUACACGUACUCAUAAAUUGAAGGUACAUAAACAGAAACAUUUGAACGAAACCACAGAGAAUCUAGAUGAUCACUGUUAGAUAAAGAAAUAUUAUUGUGAAAUCCGUUUAUAUUGACCAACCGUUUACUAUGAAGUAAUUCCUGUGCGAAGUUUGGUUUUCAUAUAAAAUUAUCUGUAAUUAAGUCGAAUAAGAUGACUUCCCUUAUAAAACCUGUAGAUAGUAUUUUCAUGAAAUUAUGAUUGCGAGGAAGUUUGAUGCGUGCGUGGCGUGUAAUGUGUUUUAGAUUUGAUUCUCAGUGACAAUUUGAUAAUUGGUAUAAAAUUAAUAAAACCCAUCUCUCAUGAAGGAAUUUGAGAUUAAUUUGGAAAACUUAACACAAUAGGAAAUAUUACUGCAAUAUUCUGCCGCCAGAGUGCAGCACGUGUCUUAAAUCAUAGAGUAACUUAUACAUACUGCGCCUUAAACUGUAUUUUGACAAGUUUUCACAGAUAGUAAAAUGUGACAUUGAUGCAUCAAUGCGGUUUGUUUACUAAGGGCCUACCGGGAAACUCGAAAUUUAGUCAUCUGCGUCUUUAUCGCUCAAAUUAAUAUUCCCUAUGAAGAAGUUGAUCAACUAUAUUUUAUAUGACAUCCUAGUUACUAGUCACUUCUUUUCGAUAUUAUAUCGUCAGGUGACAAGCAAAACUUACUAAUUACCAACACAAGUUCAUAGCAAUAAUGAAUCAUAUUACUACUCCACGCGGAGCCACCAGACGCGCGAGGCAAUUUCCUCGCGCAAAAAACGACCAGUGUAGACGUGCCUCGGCCGCGGCGGCACGCUCGCUUGCCUCGCGGGUAAGCUCGCUCUGUGCGGACCCGCCUUUUAAAAAAAUAAAUAAAUAUUAUUGGACAUUAUUACACCUAUUGACUAAGUCCCACAGUAACCUCAAUAAGGCUUGUGUUGAGGGUACUUAGACAACGAUAUAUAUAAUAUAUAAAUAUUUAUAAAUACUUAAAUACAUAGAAAACACCCAUGACUCAGGAACAAAUAUCCAUCCUCAUCACACGAAUAAAUGCCCUUACCAGGAUUUGAACCCGGGACCAUCAGCUUCGUAGGCAGGGCUUGGUAGGCCUAUUGAAUUGUUAUGCAGAUGUGUCAAGGGUGUAUUUCUGUUCUGAGCUUAAAUUAAGUAACUUUCUUAAAGGAACCGCUAUUCUAGUCAAUUCCAUUUUGGGGACAAUCAAUGAUUUAUUUUUAUCGGUCCCUACGAGCGUGUACACUUAGUACACCUGUUUGCAUGUUGAUUACUGUUAAGUAUGCGUUUAUACAUUUGCUACUAAACGCAGGUACUAUCUCGGACGAUCGAUAUCCGAAAUGUCAUUGAUAUGUCAUUCAUAGUUUUCAAUUGUUUGGUGGAUUUGAAUAUAAUGUUCGUGUUACAACUACGCUAUUCAUUAUUUUUUUACAAAAAACAAUUAACUGCCAUUCAGUUUCCUUAAAUCUACUUAGCCAUGCCCCGAAGUUAACGGUGUUUAAAAAAACCGGACAAGUGCGAGUCGGACUCGCCCACCGAGGGCUCCGUACUUUUUUAGUAUUUGUUGUCAUAGCGGCAACAGAAAUACAUCAUCUGUGAAAAUUGCAACUGUCUAGCUAUCACGGUUCAUGAGCUACAGCCUGGUGAUAGACGGACGGACGGACAGCGGAGUCUUAGUAAUAGGCGUUUUACCCUCUGGGUACGGAAACCUAAAAAACACCUGCACCAAAUGUGUAAUUAAUUGUCCUGCUUAAAUAAAUAACAUUUUAAAAAAUCAAAAAAUAUUUAUUAUUAAAAAGCGCAUUAAUUUAAUACGGUCACGUCCGAAAAUAUCGACACCAAAAAUAUUACACGACUUCAUUGCCAGUAUAAUAUUAAUAUAGUGUAUACAUAUUUUUGGCACAUUUUUUGUAUCGAGAUUUUUAGACGCGACUGUACAUGGAAUGAGGCCCGCCCAGUGAGCAAAGUUGCUUGGGUUGAGAACUGAUAUUCCUAAGGUUACAUGAGGGAGGUCAAUGCCGGAUUUAGAGGUCUGGAGGCCUCGGGCAAUAAAGGAGUGGAGGCCCCGGGCCCCAAAUUGUUUCCAAAUAAAAUGGUAAAUUUUCCGUAUUCUCUAUUGUGGGGGGCCCCUCUUUUGUGGAAGCCCGGGGCAGUAGCCCCGGUUGCCCUCCCUCUAAAUCCGGCCCUGAGGGAGGUACUUGUCAUCAAAAAUAAAAUACACUAAACUAAGCAUGCUUGCUUGCGGGUUUACGCUCGCGCCAGUCUGUAUGUGUGUUUUUUAAUUUCCCUGGAGUCAUUAAAAAACUCUACCUAUUCCUAUUUUAUUUUGAAUAGAAUUUCAACCUCAAGUCCACGAUUUACGGUUUUACAAAGGCUCAAAUCGCUGCCCAUUCGACGUCGUAGAGACAUACAUCUACUUUCCCUUCUCUUUAGCGUCCUAUUCUCUCCUUCUCCCCCUUAUCUUUCGGAGAGAUUUAAAUUCUUAGCAGAUGGGAGCGGGCGCCGGCUCCGUUCCGUGCAGAUCUCUCUCUGGCUAUCCCGCCUCACCUAUGACACGUCUUUUACUGUGUACUUUGUCAAAUUGUGGAAUUCGUUACCGUCUUUUCUUCGACAGUGUCAAUACUCAAUAGCCGAGCAUACGCGCGAAGUUGCCUCGCGCGUAUAGGUACUCGCUCUGUGUGGAUCAGGCGAAUCGAUCGCAUGGCUAAUUCGACGACCGGUUUGGCCUAGUGGGUAGUGACCCUGCCUACGAAGCUGAUGGUCCCGGGUUCAAAUCCUGGUAAGGGCAUUCGUGUGAUGAGCAUGGAUAUUUGUUCCUGAGUCAUGGAUGUUUUCUAUGUAUUUAAGUAUUUAUAAAUAUUUAUAUAUUAUAUAUAUCGUUGUCUAAGUACCCUCAUCACAAGCCUUAUUGAGCUUACUGUGGGACUUAGCCAAUUUGUGUAAUAAUGUCUUAUAAUAUUUAAAAGGCGAAUUUAAAAAAGUUGUGGCUUUCGGACGGAACUUAAUCUAAAAGAUGUGUGCAGUUAGGUAGUUUUUGUACUUAUAUAUUAGUACGGGCGGGGACCGUAUGAUCUGCUAUGUCCGAUCCGAAUUCGAGAUUCUGAAGUAAAGUAAAACAACUGUAAUCUUUUUAUAACAUGUAAUUAAAAAAUAUUAAACUAGAUGACAAAAAAUUGCUUUGUUACAUAGUUAGACACUAAUUAAAACUCGCGACAGACAAAUAUUUUUUUAGAAAUAUCUUCGAUUAUCGGUCUUGUUUUAUUCAGAACUAUGGACCAAUAUCAAAUCAGUUAUUUUUUU